UUGGCUUUCUGCUGGCGAUGGUCUCUAGAAGACCAAAAGGACGGUAAGGACUGCUUACCUUAAUUGUCAGACUCCGUCCCAGAAUUCACAUAAACCCAACGCCUCAUUCAAAUCAUAACAGCUCUGCCACCACUCACCACACCAGUUAUACAUCAGCCGCAAAUAAACCAGGUUUAAGAAAAUUAAACCAAAAAAGGAAAAAAAAUUGCAGCCUUAAUAAUCCAGAGCGACAGAGAUAUAGUGGGGAGUGAUGCAACAGCAGCCUUGCACAGGGGAACCUUCCACCACCACCACCUGCAGCAGCAGGGUGGUGAAAGCCUUGCCGGAUGCCAGGGAUGGGGCAGCGUCGAUCCUGGUAGCUAAGGUUGUGGACUUGAUGUCCAUGCAUUUGGAUGCUGGGGUUCUCCUCAACAAUCCUCCUCUACUAGCCGACCUCUGCUUCUCCUUGGCCAAAGGUAUUGACCAUGCAGUUGCAAACAAUGAGGUCCCCAGGAGAUGUUGCGAUUUACCCCCACUGUUGAAACAGGUGUAUGGAUCUCCUAAUAAUUUGGCUGUCCAAGUGGGUUUAAUGAUGCUCACAAUGUCUAUUCAGUGCGCUUGUAAGCUUGAGUGGUUUUCUGAUCAAGAAACUGAUGAUCUCCUAAAACUUGCCAAGGAGACCAUGAAAUCCUUCUCAGAUCCUGAGUAUAUUCUCAUUGAACCAGCUCAUGCCUCUUACUGGGUGUCAGCAGUAAUGUCAAGAUUCUACCCAAACAUGAAGGUAGAGAGAUUGCUUUUUUCUGUACAACUGCAGUCUGGGUAUAGAUUUUGUGUGGCCAACUUCCCAAUCAGAAGGGGUACAAUAUCUCCAAAGCAGGAAAAAGUACACCUACUUGUAGUUCACGUAGACAACUUGGCGACAUCUGCCUGUAUCAUCACUCCAGCAGAAGCGAACUUCCUUUUAAAUGGACAAGGAGUAGAAGGAAGGACUAUUGUAUCAAUGGACAAAGGGCCUCAACUUCCUACAAACGUGACCGGAAAGCUUAAAUUUGGAGUUAAUUGUCUGCAAGCCAUUGGUCAAUUUAAGGGUAAUUAUCUUGUUGUCAUUGCUGUGAUGACUACUACACAAUCUUUUAAUCUGCUGGAGCUGCAAGAUGUAAAGCCAAUUGCUUUAACUAACUCAGAAACUCAGACCAUGCAGAUGUCAUCGAGAAUUUCACUCAACUGCCCCAUAAGCAAAUCUCGUAUAAAAAUGCCUGCGAAAGGGAAACUCUGCAAGCACUUUCAGUGCUUUGAUUAUGACAACUUCCUGGAGAUCAACUCAAAGAGACCUUCUUGGGAAUGUCCUCAUUGCAAGCAGCCAGUUUGCUAUGUGGACAUAUGCAUCGACCCGAAUUUUGUAAAGGUCUUGAGUGAGGCAGAAGAAAAGGUUGUUAAUGUUAUUAUGUCAGCAAAUGGAGCAUGGAAAGAAGACAAGGACCAUCCCUCUCAAAUGUCUGGAGACAGUCAAGUUGGGCACCAGAAUGAUGAGAGUAGGUCUACAACAGACAGAAGCACAUCUUUGCAGAAUUACAAUGAAAUUGUUUCUGCUGCUGGAACUUCUGUGCCCACACAGAAGCCCCCAUUAAAUGUGCUGUGCUCAGCAUUUAACAUCAAGGGUCCAGCAAACAAUGGCUCUCAUCACAAUUCUGUCCAGCUUCUUCAAAAAGAUGGUCCUCCUCAUGCACAAAGCUCAGGUGCUAACAUUUCCUCAACCAGGCUGUCCUUCAAGCAGCAAAUUCAACAGCACUGGAGUCUUUCAAACUUGAACACAGGUGAAGCCUUGAGCAACACUGAGAGUGUGGUCUGCAGUUCAGUUCCCGCUCCAAUGGAACCAGGGGAAAGAAUUGCGACAAUCCAAACCAGCAGUGCUGUUCAUCAAGCUGCCCGCUUACCAAAAGACGCUCCUUUUCUAUUCACAACACCAAGAGCAAGCUCGAGGAUGAAUUCUAUGAUGGUUGAUUCAACAGUGGUCGUUGAGGCAAGAAGAAUUAGAAAUGAUGAACUGCAGUCGUUAGAUGCAGCUGAUGGUGAAUCAGCACAUUGGAGGCCUACAAAUAGGAUGAGGGGUGGCCUUAGAGGUGAGGCUUAUUCUGCUGCACUACAACAGUUUGGCAUUCAACCAACACUGCGGGCACAAGCUUCGCGACCCCCUUUCAGUGCAGUAUCUAUUCGUGGGCCAAUAACCAAUGCUGUUGCUGAUAGAAGUGCAAGCGCUUCUCAAACGAAGAAGUCAUAAAAGCGUAGUUUGUAGAUUCGACUAAUCCAUUGUUAAGGAGCUGAAGCAGCCAUUCGUGGGAGUGUGCUGUGAGAUAGGCUUGUAUGGUUACGUGUAGAUCUUGGCAGAAUGAACAGAUUAGACUCUACAGUUUUUGUUUUUUCUAUUUAAUUGCUUACAAAUAAAUACAUAUUUAGCCAUCAUCGUUCAUUUAGAACUGAAUACAAAGAGCCCAUUACAGUUUUUGUUGCAA